GUGGCUGACGGCAGCAUAAUCCUCGGGGGAACUUUGCUCCUUCUCUUAUCAUCGACAUGGGUACCUUAGUUCAAACGUCAACUUCAACCUUCUGUCAGCCCUGAAAACCUCGGUCUGAGUUGCAAACUUGCAAACUUGCAAUCUAUAUCCCAUCUAUACAUCUCAAACAGAAUAUCAUCUUGCGCAAGAAAAUCCCCAGCAAAGAUGAACAGGCAACGCUACGAACCCGUACCCCAACACGACCAAGACAUCAUAAGACUCGACUCCCUCCAGCAGAACACCCCCUACAACUAUAACAGCGGGCUCCCGAGCUCGGUGCCCUCGUCAGCGGCGCCCUCCUACGCCGCGCCCUCAACCCGCUCGAUUCCCGCGUCGCCCCCGCCCAGCUUCCAUACCCUGAGCCGCGCGGGCACACCACGGGCCAGUAUGCGCGGUGGCGAGGGCGCCGAGCUGUGGGGCGUGGCGACCAGUACAGGCGGGGCGUUGACGGAGCGCGAGACGGAGACGGAGGGGUGCGAGGGGACUGAGGCGUUGGAGACGAUUCGGAGAUUGAUCGAGAGGGUUGACAGGUUGGAGGAGUCGGUAGGGCGGCUUCUGUUGGAGAAGGAGGAUUUGUUGCAGGGGAGGAAAUCGGCGAACUGUUGUGUGUCGUUCACGGAUGCGUCGCCGGAUGUGGAGAGGGCAUUGAUGCGGGCUGGUGAUAAUUGCUGUGUGAGUUUUAGGAGUAGUCGGUUUGCGAAUGCGAGGAGAGAGAAUCGGAGGCAUAGGAUUUUUGCGGUUCUAGGGGUGGCAUUUAUAGUCACUCUUGGAAUUGUCGUGAUUGUGCUUGGGAAGUCGCAUAAAGACAGGAAGUUAGGGAUGGGAGAGGAGAUGAAUUAAUUAAUGAUGAGAGAAAGCAUCGAGACUCGAGAGAUUCGAGGGCAGGGACUACAUAUCUGGGAGUUUGGGGCACGGUCUGGAAGGGCGGGAUAUUGGUAU